AUGGAGACUAAGGAGGAGCAAGCUGACGGGCUGAUGUCUUCCAAGGUCUCCCCUGGUCCCCUCCUCUCCAAACCCCCCCUGCGGGUGAAAGAAGGCUCCCUGGUAGUCAGAUGGCUGAGAUUAGUGUCCUGCCUCCGGUUGUGUGCAUUCCUGAUGGAUAUUAUGGCCUGGAUGAUGUGCAUUGCCUCAAUAGCCAUUGUCAACUGGCGAGUGUGGCGUGUAGAAAACAUAAAGGGAAUUGGCUCUGGAAACAUCUGGAUCGGAAUCUGGCAGGUCUGUUUUUUGAAAGACCCUUUGAACGACGGAAACUAUUAUUACCAUUGUGAAGAGCUCCAUGAACAACAUCCAAACCUCCCGAGGGAAAUUUUUAUUGCUCAGGACUUAAUGGCCUUAGCUGCCAUUAUGAAUUCAGCGGCCCUUGGAUUGCAGUCAUUUGCCCUCUGCAAUGUGUUCGAGCCCAGAAAACAUAAGGAUUUUCUCUCAACCUUUUUUGGGCUUGGAGCUCUGCUGAACUUACCAGCAGGGAUACUCAUCCUGAUUUCCGUGAUAUGGAACAUGUCUGCUGUCUUACAAAAUGGGGGAAUUGACUUCCCUGAAACUUUUGAAUUGCCUCAAAUUCCCAGCGAGCAGCAUAUUGGACCUUCUAUUUAUCUAGGCUAUAUCGCUGCAGGUUUCCAAGCGGAAUUGGGCGACGUCCGCUUGGGGACCCAACCCUCUCCAGUGUCUGGGCCCUGA